AUGGGAAGCACCCCACGAGAAGAACAGGGUGGCACCAACAUCGGGAACAUCCCGAACCACGGCGCGGCCUAUUUCGGGCCGCUCAAUCCUAAUCCGCGAGCGCUGACGCGGGGAGGGACGCCACGCACAGCCUCACCACAGCCCCCCAGCUCACCCGAAAUGCGGCAGCGCGGGGGCGGGGGGGGUGAACCCACGCGCGGGGGAGGCGCCGGGAUCUCCGGGGCUCCCGCAUCCCAAGAACGGCAACAACCCCUCCGAGACCCUCUACUGAGUAUCCCCACCCCCACCCCGACGCCCCCCCAGCUCACCGGAGCCGGGCGGCAGCGCUGGGACUGCUCCGGCGGCGUGGGCGGGGCCUGCGGGGCCAGGAGGGGCGGGGCCUCAGGGAGGGCGGGGCCUCGGCAGCGCAAGCUCCGGGCAGGUGAUCUGCGGGGGCGGGGCCUAGCUGGGAGCGCCCCUGUGCGGCAGCAGAGCGCCCCCGAUCGGUGCGGUAGCGGCCAGCCCCGGUGGCUCCGCCCUGCAAGGCCCCGCCCUGGCCCCGCCCCGUUUCGGUUUCGUUUCUGGCGGGGGGAGCCGAAAACAGUCGGGGUUCACACUGGAGGGGUACCUGAAGUGGGAGAGUCCCGGUAUCCCCCGAGCGUGUCCCUCUCCAGGAUGGCAGAGGAGGAGCCGCGGCAGGGGGGCGACCCCCAGGGUGAUGCCCCUUGCUCAGGAGUGCUGGAUGUUGGGGGAUUUCCCCCCAAUAUGGAAGUGGAGUUACUGGUUCUGUAUUUCGAGAGCCACCGGCGCUCCGGGGGGGGCCCGGUGCAGGGCUGGCAGCGCCAUGGUCCCCAUCUUACCAUCACCUUCCAGGACCCACGCGGGGGUGGGUGCUGUGCCCCCUUAGUGACCCCCGUGUUUCCCCCAGACGCUCAGCGGGUGCUGGCCCGGAGUCCCCACCGGCUGGAGGGGGCCGAGCUGCGAGUGGCGCUGGCCCCCCCAUGGGACCCCUCCCGGCUGCUGCUGGGGGGCCUGAACUCGGCGACACCCCUGGAGCUGCUGGAACCCCACCUGGGGACCCUCCUGGGCCGCCCCCCAGGAACCUUCACCCUGAGCCGGGGUCCUGCGGGCUGGGGGCUGCUAAACCUGCACGACCCCCUCACCCCUCAAGAGCUGGCAGUGGUGGAGCAGCAGGUGCAGUGCUGGGGGCCAGAAGGGGCCAGGGUCCAGCUGCAGCGGGUGCCACGCACCCCCCAGGUGCUGGUGCGGGCAGCGGUGCCAGGGCUGAGCCAUGACCUCCUGGAGCUCUACUUUGAGAACCGUCGCAGUGGUGGUGGCAGCGUCAGUGAUGUGAAGGUGCUGCCAGGCAGGCAGGCUGCCAUCGUCACCUUCCAGCAGCUCGAUGUGGCAGAGCGGGUGCUGGAGCGGCAGCACCAGCUGCAGGGCAUGGUGCUAAGCGUGGAGCCCCACUACUCCUUCCUGGGGGCACCGGAGGGGGACGAGACCCCUGUGCCAGGGGAGACCCUAUCACUGGGCACAGCAAACACCCCGGGCACCAGCACUUCACCGGACACAGUCCCUCCAGUUCCUGCCAAGCUGGAGCAAACAGAACCAGCAGUGCCAAGCCCGAUGCCAGGGGAGCUGCCAGAUGCCAUCACUGGGGGUCACAAGGACACAGAGGGGGAUGAGGCUGUGGCCAGGCGGUGGCAGUGCCCAGAGCAGGCAGCAACAGUGUUGGCAUCAGCACGGGAUGAAGCGUUGGUGUUGGCUCAGGAUGCAGCGCUGGUGCCACCAGCGGUGGCACAGGAGGAAAUGCUGGAGUUGGCAGCUUUGGCACAGGACGAGGUGCUGGUGGCAGCGGAGCCGGGCGCAGUGCGGUACCUUCAGUGGCACUACCAGGACCUCCUGGGCAGCAUCCCCGAGGUCUCCCUGGUGCCAUUGGAGGGAGAUGAUGUCGCCGGCUUCCGGGUGAGCUGCAGGAAGGGUCCCAGGGUCUUUCCCAGCUCUGUGGUGCCCACUGGUGCCAGAUCUCAGCCCUGACCAGUUGUCACCACUGACAGGUGAGCGGGCAACCAGAUCAGUGCCAGGCAGCCGCCGAGUUCCUACAGAGCCUGCUGGGCACCGUGGGCUCGCAGCCAGUGCCACUGCAAUUCCCUGGCAUCGCCCGCUUCCUGCGUGACCAGGGUGGGCACAGCCUCCUGUGCCAGCUUGAGAGCCGCUUCCAGUGCAUCAUCCACGUGGACAGUGGCACAUGGAGCCCCCCGGACCCACAGGUAUGGCCGGGGCUGGUACCAAUAUCACUGGGACAGUGGGUGCCAUCAUGCUUGGCCC